AUGGAAGAAGCUGGUGGUGAUAUUACAACUACAAUUGUGAAGUUGUUAGUGGCUCAGAACAAGAAGAGGAUAAGGAUGGUUGUUGUUGAGUGGGGAAGUCAGAGUUUGAUUGUGGUUAGGUCAUGUUUGAUUAUAGAGAAUGAGAAGAAGAACGGUGAGAUGUUGGUGGUUUUGUUUCCGCUAGAAUUGGAGAUGGUGACAGUUAGUAAUAUGUUUAGGUUGUUGAAGUUUGGAUGUAGCUGUGGCACUGCAGUUAGUAGUUGUAUCAAGAUUGUAGGUUGGCUCAGGUGGUUGGUAUUUAGGGGAUUAGUAGAGGUUGCUUAUAACAAAGAUGAAUGUUGGAUUGCAGAACUGCUUAUCAACCAUUUUGAAGAGAAAUUUAAAUUUCAAGAGGUAAGAUUUAAUCAAAACUUCUUUCAAGAUAUUCCUCAACUGGUAAGUGCAGAUGAAAAUGCUUAUUUAGAUGCAGUUCCUUCUGAUGAAGAGGUGAAAAGAGCAGUAUUUGAACUUGAACCUGAUAGCUCCCCAGGACCAGAUGGAUUUGCAGGAUGGUUUUACAGAUAUGCUUGGGAAAUAGUUGGCAAUGACCUCACAAAAGCUAUUCAACAUUGCUGGAGAUGUGGAAUUAUACCUCAAGGUUUUAAUGCUAACUUUUUAUUACUUCGUCCAAAAGUAAAAAAUGCAAAAAAAGCUAGUCAGUUUAGACCUAUUGGUCUAAUGAACUUCAGCUUUAAAGUGCUUACAAAGAUUAUAACUACAAGAUUUGGAAGUUUAAUUCAAAUAAUUGUAUCUCCUCAACAAGGUGCUUUCAUAAAAGGGAGAAACAUUCAAGAGCAAAUAGUUCUAGCCUCUGAACUAGUGAAUGAGCUGGAUGUUAAAAUAAGAGGUGGUAAUUUGGGCAUAAAAUUGGACAUCUCUCAAGCUUAUGACUCACUCAUCUGGGAGUUUCUGUUUCAAGUGAUGAGGAAAUUUGGAUUCUCUAAAAAAGGUGUUAAUUGGCUUCAUACUUUACUGCAAUCUGCAAGAAUAUCAGUACUUCUUAAUGGAGGGCCUGUGGGAUAUUUUCAAGUUGGAAGGGGUGUCAUACAAGGUGACCACUUGUCUCCUCUUCUUUUUGUUAUAGAUGAAGAUCUUCUGAGCAGAGCAAUAUCAAGAAUGGUCCAAUCAGGUCAGUUACAACCAAUACUCUCCAGAAAUGGCAUCCAUCCAUCUCAUAUCUUCUUUGCAUAUGGCAUUUUCUUGUUCUGCAAUGGAGAUAAAAGAAAUGUUAAAAAGCUAGCAACUUUACUCAAGGAAUAUCAAGAAGCCUCAAGUCAAAUUUUUAAUUUGGCAAAAAGCAAAUGCUUCAUAGGUGGAACAAGUACAUUAAGAAAACAUCAAAUUGCUUCUGAAUGCAGAAUGCCACUUGCUAAUUUCCCAGACAAGUACUUAGGUGUUUAUCUAACUCCAGGUAGAAUCAAAACUCAACAUAUUUGGAAUUGUGUAGAACAAAUCCAAGCAAGCUUAUAUGGAUGGAUGGGUAAGCUCUUAUCUUUCCAAGAAAGACUGAUUUUAAUCAAGCAUGUUCUCAGUAGCAUUCCAAUAUAUAGUAUGUCAGUUUAUAAAUGGCCUCAAAGAGCUCUAAAGGAUUGUGAGCAAAUGAUAAGAAAUUUUCUUUGGAAUGGAGAUCCUUCAAAAAGAAAGAAUGUUGUGCUUAAAUGGGACAAAGUUUGUUCUCCAUUUGAAGAAGGAGGUCUUGGAUUGAGAAGACUAGAGAUUAUGAAUAAGGCAUUAAUUAUGAAACUUUGGUGGAAAAUACAAAACAACAAGGAAGAUUGGGCUAAAUUUUUUCAAGAAAAAUUCAUUACAAAAAAAGGGGACUGGAUUGGAUAUUAUAAGAAAUCUUCUAUUCUUCCUGGCUUGAAAUGGAUCUCUGAAGAUGUGCAAAAAUUCACAAGAUUGAUAGUUGGCACUGGAUCAAAAAUAUCAGUUUGGAAUGACACUUGGAUAAAGGAUAAACCUUUGUGUGAAUUAUAUCCUGAUAAUGCAUAUCUUAAUGAAUUCCCUGACAUGAAAGUUGAAAACCUAAUAGUUGAUAAUGAAUGGGUUAUGCCUUCUGAACUUCUUGAUAUGGUUUCAAUCAAUGAGCUACCUGUACUCAAUUUGGAGGAAGACAAAAGAAUCUGGAGUGGCACAAUUACUGGGGAUUUCACUGUUUCUUCUGCAGUUGAGUGUAUCAGAACAAAGUAUUCAAAAGUGAGCUGGGUACAUCAGAAAGAUGAGGAAACUCUAGAACACAUUCUAUGGAAAUGCAACUAUAGUGAGCUAAUUUGGAAGUGGUUAGGAGGGAUGUUUAACUUCAAGAACCCUAAGUCCUUUGAUGAAGUCUUUAGUUCUGCAAAACAUAAAAGUCCUGCAGUUGGUGAAAUAUGGAGAUAUGCCGCUUUCAUUACUCUCAAAGAACUGUGGUUUCAAAGAAAUAGAAGUGUUUAUGAGGAUGAAGUCUUCAAUGAACAAAAUAUUAAAUCAAGAAUCUUGAAACUUACUGCUGAAAGAGAAAUUAGAAUGAAACAGCUCAUGUGCAAUACUGCAUAUGAUCUGCAAAUGCUAAAACAGUUUGGUAUGAAAUGCAGAAGGGUCAAGACUUGUGUUGUUAAAGAGAUUUCCUUCAAAUUUCCUCAGAAGAAUCAACUUCUCUUGUGUUGUGAUGGGUCUUCAAGGGGGAACCCUGGGAAUUCAGGUUAUGGGAUUAUGGCUAGAAAUAAUAAAGGAGAAGUGGUGGUAGCUAUAGAAGGAGGUCUGGGGAUUCCUACUAAUUUCUUUGCAGAAAUUAUGGCAAUUCUUUGUGCAGGAGAAUGGGCUAUUCAUAAUGGUUUCAAAAUCCUCCUUUUCAGUACAGACUCAAAAGUAGUAAUUGCUGAUUUUGAAAAUUUAAGAGUUCCUUGGUUUGCAAUUGCUAGAUGGAAGCAAAUCUGCAACAUUGCUACCAAAUGUGAGUUUCUUCAUAAUUACAGAGAAGUGAACUUCUCUGCAAAUGAUCUAGCUAACAGAGGAGCAACUAUGCAGAGAGGAGAUCGACACAUAUACACAAGCAAACCUCCCUUCCUUGUAAAUCUUGAAAAUGAAAAGCAGAAGUACUUUAGGACAGUUUAG